AUGAACAUCGUCUUCUCCAGGGACAGCCAGGUGAGGGGGAUGGACAAUACCGUGGCCAACACCGAGAAGUACUUCGGGCAGUUCUGCUCGCUGCUGGCCGCCUACACGCGCAAGACGGCCCGGCUGCGGGACAAGGCAGACCAGCUGGUCAAGCAGCUCAUCGACUUUGCCAACUCUGAGAACCCCGAGCUGCGGGCCACCAUGAGGGGCUUCGCUGAGGACCUGGCCAAAGUGCAGGAUUACCGGCAGGCCCAGGUCGAGAGGCUGGAGACCAAGGUGGUCAACCCCCUGAAGCUCUACGGGGCACAGAUCAAGCAGACACGGGCUGAGAUCAAGAAAUUCAAACGUGUCCAAAAUCAUGAGAUCAAACAACUGGAAAAGCUGGAGAAACUGAGACAGAAGUCACCCUGGGAUCGGCAAAUGAUCUCCCAGGCAGAGACCAGAGUGCAGAGGGCCGCCGUGGACUCCAGCCGCACCACUCUCCAGCUGGAGGAGACAGUGGAUGCCUUCCAGAGGCAGAAGCUGAAGGACCUGCAGGAUUUUAGAGCCAAGAUGCAAGGAGUUUAUGGGCAUUACGAUACUCAGCUGCUUGCCAGCACCAACCCCUCUCCAUCUGUUCUUCAGUCUCUCGUCAGGCAGAGUGCUCAGAGCACGAUACGGAGCCCAGGAAAAGAAGGGGAGGAGAGUGAGGACGACUCCAUGGAGGAGGACCCCGUGGAGGAUCCCAGGGCACUGGGGCAGAGACCCAAUAAUAGAGAACCGCCCACAACAGUCAGAAGAACUUAG